GUCCACUUGAAGGACUUCUUGGCAUACCUUUUGAGUGGUUAUCUAUCAUUACUUUAAAUCCAUUAUUAAACAAAUUAAUGGAGUCUUAUUCCCAUUUAUGUCUCCUACGAAAAGUUGCCUACUUUCAGCCUUGCCAACACAAUAAUAUUUCAAUUUUGGAGAUUAUGAAUUAACAGAAAUUUGUGAAAUAUAAGAGUGAUUAGCGAAUAAAGUAAGGGGAAAUAAAAACAGAAAAUGUAUUUGCACCUUUUUGCUUUUUAUUCACUCCAUUUAUGUUGCUGUCCGUCAAAAUUCUAGUAAAGGCUGCGUUAUUUAGCCGCCUUGCCCCUUCCCUAGUGCCACCAUAAGUACACCCUCCGCGCUUUCCAUUCCACACAAAUUACUCUCUCUCUCCCCUUUCGUCUCUCUGUCUACCAAAAAAUGGCGCCAGUGAAGAUGAUGGCCACCAUCCUGUGCUUUCUCGCAUCCGCCCGCGCCAGGAUCCCGGGCGUCUACCGCGGAACCACCUGGCAAACAGCCCACGCCACAUUCUACGGCGGCAGCGACGCCUCCGGCACCAUGGGUGGCGCAUGCGGCUAUGGAAACCUAUACAGCCAGGGUUACGGCGUGAACACGGCGGCACUGAGCACCGCGCUGUUCGGCAAUGGCAUGAGCUGCGGAUCCUGCUUCGAGAUCAAGUGCGACGCGGUGCAGGACGCCCAGUGGUGCAACCCGGGCAGGCCCUCCAUAGUGGUGACCGCCACCAAUUUCUGCCCGCCCAACUACGCCCUCCCCAACGACAACGGCGGCUGGUGCAACCCUCCCCGCCCCCAUUUCGACCUCGCCAUGCCCAUGUUCCUCCGAAUCGCCCAAUACCGCGCCGGCAUUGUCCCCGUCCACUUCCGCCGAGUGGCGUGCGUAAAGAAAGGAGGAAUCAGAUUCACGCUCAACGGUUUCCGUUACUUCAACCUGGUGCUGAUCAGCAACGUCGCGGGCGCAGGGGAUAUUGUGCACGCGAGCAUCAAAGGGGCCAAAACGCAGUGGAUGCCACUGAGUCGAAACUGGGGGCAAAAUUGGCAAUCCAAUGCCGUCUUGGUGGGGCAGGCCCUUUCCUUUAGAGUAACGACCAGUGACCGUCGCACUUCAACUGCCUGGAACGUGGCGCCGUCUAAUUGGCAGUUCGGUCAGACAUUCACGGGCAAAAACUUCAGGAUCUGAUCUUAAAAAUUUAGACCGGGAAAAUAGGCUACUCCUAAAAAAUAGCAAAAUUAGUUUGAUGCUAUACUUUCUGUUUUUCUAUGUUGUGUUAGUUUAUCCACUAAUUUAGGAACUAACAAAUGGAGAAGAAGCUGAAGCGGCUGCAGCCCGCAGCUUCUACUUGUUACUUUCUCUAUUAUCAUAUAUUAAUGCAUAUCUUCAUUUUCGGUUUA